UAACAUAUGACUGAAUUUAUUCUGUUAAUUUCUAAUAUAUAAAGACACAAAUUUAUGCUUUAAUUAUUAUUAAUAAUAAUCUGCUAAGUGUAAAAUUAGUUGAGUAAAAUUAAUAGUUUUCAUUACAUUAUGUUUAAACUUACUGUAGUCUGUGUUAUAUUAGCAUUAGCUGUAAUGAGUGAAGGAUAUGUUAAAUCAAACCGUGGUCACGAUAACGAUGGUGGUCAAAAUUCACAGUAUCCUAGACAACAAGAAGGCUUAAACGGAGGCCAAUUCAACCAAGGUAGUCAUGGCAGUGGCUCACAAUACCCAAGACCACAAGAAGGUUUAGGGGGUGGACACCAAGGACAUGGUGGUGGCUCUCAAUAUCCAAGACCACAAGAAGGUUUAAAUAGUGGAUUCCAACAAGGUCAUGGUUUUGGUUCACAAGGAUCACAAGGUGGUUUUGGAGGUAGUGGUGGACAUGGACAACAUGGAGGAAACCAAUAUGGAAACGAUCAAGGUGGUUACAAGCGACAUGGAUAUUAAUAAUUUAAUAAUUCUUCUUUGUGUUAACAUUUCUUUUAAAAUAAAUUUUUUCUAUUAAUCCGUUUGUUACUUUCGAUUUCUGACCUAUUAAUAGUGUACCUAUUUAAUUUAUCUCUGUUUUUAAGUUUAAUUUCAUUUUUUAUUUGUAUCUUAUA